AUCAAUGAUGUGAUUCUGUGAUUUUAUGAUUGAGGAUUUUCUUAGUAAUUUUCAAUUAAUUGGUGAGUUUUGUUUAAUAUUUUAACAAAAAUAUAUUAAAACAUGGCUAACGACGACGCAGUGCUAAAACAAUACCUAUCUAAAUACAAACACCGUGACUAUACGGCUCGGGAAGUUGUUAAUUUGAUUCAAGUGUACAGAAGUUUGACCUAUCGUUUAGAAGCCUUUGUGUUUAACAACGGCGCUCGAAAAGACUUAUUAAACCUCGAAGGUACUAUUCCUGUGAACUAUAAAGGAGCCUACUACAACAUACCCGUGUGUAUCUGGUUAAUGGACACACACCCUCAAAAUGCGCCGCUGUGUUUUGUCAAACCCACGUCAGACAUGUCUAUUAAAGUCUCAAAAUAUGUAGACAGCAAUGGAAAAGUGUAUCUUCCCUAUCUCCAUGAGUGGACACAAAAUGGCUCGACCCUACAGAAGCUUAUUCAAUGUAUGAUUUCGGCUUUUGGAGAACUGCCCCCAGUUUAUUCAAAGCCUCGCAACGAAACUAGAGCGCCUUACCCUGUAAAUUCUUUUAUGCCCCAGCCAACCGGAUAUCCAUUCCCUCAGGGAGCUCCGCAACCAGGCUACCCCACACCAGCACCUUAUCCAACUGCAUCAAAUCUACCUUACCCAGGUUAUGGAGCACCAUAUCCUGGUUCUGUCAGUAGCAAUGGUUUGCCAUAUCCACCUUCUUCAUCAGCCACACCCUAUCCACCUGCAUCGGGCUACCCAGGGCCCACUGUGACAGCAGAUGUGGCAGGUGGUACCAUCACAGAAGAGCAUAUCAAAGCCUCACUGCUAUCUGCAGUAGAAGAUAAACUACGAAGGAGGCUGAAGGAACAGUCACUUCAGUCACAAGCUGAACUAGAAACUCUUAGACGAACACAGCAGGAGCUUCGUGAAGGUAAAGCCCGUCUUGAGGAAAUUCUUUCAAGACUGCAAAGGGAGAGGGCAGAAUUAGAUAAAAAUGUGUCAAUCUUGCAAGAGAAAGAGAAAGAAUUGCAUACUGCUAUUGAACGCCUAGAAGAACAAGAAGGUAUUGAUGUGGAUGAAGCUGUUGUAACCACUGCUCCUUUAUACUCACAGCUCCUUAAUGCUUUUGCUGAAGAAGCUACUUUGGAAGAUGCCAUCUAUUACAUGGGAGAGGCUUUACGGAAGGAGGUGAUUGAUUUGGACACAUUCUUGAAGCAAGUCCGUACUCUAGCCCGCCGGCAGUUUACCCUGCGUGCUCUGAUGCACAAGUGUCGGCAGAAGGCUCAGUUGGCGUGCUAAUAGUGGCGUCGUUUCUGGCAAUGUUCCCCUAAGCCUUUGCCAGAAAUGAAAUACUCUGUGAUUUGUUUGUAAAUGUUAAUGAGUCAUACUCAGAUGAUGUUGCAUCAUUUUGUGAUGGACUGACUUACAGUGUUGGUUGAGGUUGAUGCCUGCAAAACUGUUAACUUGUUAAAACUUCCUGUGUCUAUCUUUAUACAUAUAACCAACUUGGCUUUGAAUUCUGUGUGACAUGUAGACCAUGCUGUUUCUUAUAACUUGUACAAAGGCCCCAUUCAAGAAGUGUAUCACCUGGCAGUAUUGGUGAAUAUAAAUAUUAUUGUUUAUAUAGUCUU